AUGAUUAAUGGCGAUGCUAGUGAUGACUAUGAUAAUGACUAUGACACAAUUGGCAGCAACAGCGAUUCCGAUAUCGACAUGCCCCUGCCCCAACCCCAAGAUCUCCAGGAAAUCACCGAGAAAGCAAUCAAGGAUCUUUCAGGCCACAUUCCUGUGGAUGAUCCUGCCACUGCCAGAAACGACGUCUUUGUGCUAGAGAUCCCUACAGAGGACUUCCUUCCUGAUGACUUGAGGAUGCCCCCUCCCCCCGUUCCAGCCACCGCUGAACACGCUUCCAUCCUCAGCGAAGAUGAUUCUGAGCUUGUCCAGCACAACCGAUCAUCACAGCCAUUCAGCCCAUACCUGGCGUUCAUGGCCAUGUGGGCUGAAAAGUACAAUCUGUCCCGGCAGGCCUAUCAAGAUCUUAAUGAGGGAUUACCUCUCGGACAAGAUCUUAACAUCAAAGCAGUAGAGUUGCCACGAGAUGUUACAACUCUAAAGAAACAGUUUAUGGCGCAACUGCCAUUGCUCCCACUAUGGCACAAGAUGGUUGAUCUCAACCAAGAGAAGCUCCCGACAAUGACGCCGGCGGAGAAGACAGGCCCGAGAAAGGACCGCCAGGCUGAUGCACACUGGUUUGAUGUUGCAACAUUGGUAACUGCAAUAUUGUCAGCAGAAGACCUCCACAAGGACUUCUGGAAGGGACUCGGGGCGUUCGAUGAGAAAGAGGACGGGGCUAAGGGAGCGAAGGACAAAGAGAAGGCGAAGGAGAAGCCUAAGAUUGAUCCUGUUACGGGCAAGGAAUUCGUGGAAUGCAUGCGGAGGAUACAAUAUAACCUUGCAUACCUCGCCGCCAUCGCUGACCGGUCACACAAACCGUCAUCACAGAUCCCACCUCACCCCGCCGUCAUCUCGGCACCGUCUCUCACCCCCCUCCCCAAACCCGCUGCUAUUCCACAAUGCAGCAAUCAGGUGUAUGAUGUGGGGUAA